GUGAGUUUUCUAAAUUCUACUCACCCCUAUAUAAGCUUCUUAAUAAGGGCACUGAAGGGACCCUGCUAGGCAGUGUCAGUUUCCUAAGAGGAUAGAAAAUCAAGGAUCCAGCAGACAACAGAAAUUGGCUGUGGCAUUUGAACACCAGAGGCUAAGAUCCACUGAGAGGAUCACCGUGUGAAUCAGAGGCACUUCCAACAACAGAGUCCUGUAGCGAUGAAGUUUAAUCAUCUCCUGUCUUGGGCCUUUUUGCUCGUGGCCUCCGGCCCACUGCUGGCCCACCCCAUCACAGAAUCUGCGGAGAUGCCCUAUCCAGGACCUGUAUCGGUCGAGGACGGAGGAGUCGGCGCUCUCGAUGAUCUGUCCGAGCAAACCUUCCCUUCCCGGGAUGGUGCCGGUCUCAGAUAUUCCACUCUGAUAUCUGGGGAGUACAACAAAGAUGAAACAUUGUGCUACAAAUUUGAACUGAUACACACAAGUAUACCAUUUUUCUUUGGUUGGAUACAAAGCAGCACUACUGGGGAACCAGGCAGUUGGAGGUGUCAGAACAGGCCUGCUUCCCAGGGGGAUGAAAAGAGAGGUCCUAUUGGAGAAACAAAGUCUCCUAAAUCCUUUCAGCCGUGUGUUGGGCAUCCGGAAACAGUUCAGGAAGAGAGCGGGGAAUUCUGAGUGUUUCUGGAAGUACUGUGUCUAAAACACUUUACAUUAUGCGACACACAAGAGGCGGGGCUUGCACUAAAACAGAAAUUACUAUCUUGCACUCACAUAAUAAGUAUACAUGCAGACAAUAUAAGGAACAUCAUGCAUGCAUGUAGCGGCAUGUCUGCACAUAUAGUGUAUGUAUGCCCAGGUGCAUGUACUCGCACAUAUACACUCGCAUACAUACGCAGUGUCAGUAUUUGUUCACAAAAAGAAUAAUGCCAUAGGUACAUUUGAGAUAAAUUGUUUGGUUGGACUUUAAGACGAUUUAUUGAAAUUACUUGUAGUGUUUAACUAAAUUUAUGUGCACGCAUUUGUUAAAAGUCCUUGGUUGUCUGAUAUGUGACCACGUGUCUUUUAAAUGUGGAAGUAAAAGG